UGUAGCCACGCCCACCGCUUCCUCAACCCCGGAAGAGAAUUCAAAACAAGUUGUGAUCACAUGGAGCAUGGACCGAGAGAUUAGCCAGCUGGAAGCAGCAUGGUGCCACUGACAGUGCGCCUCACCCGGAUUACAACAGUGAGCUGUGCAGAGGCCGCUGCGCUCUCCUGACUGAUGGGUGUGAACAAAGGCAUCUCCAAUCUGACUGAAUGUGCAUCUGCAGGACAACUGAACCUUCUCCGACUGACACUUGAAGACAAUCAUCAUGGACCCGUCCAACCAGAAGCACUUCACAAUUGUAGACUAUGUCAUAUUUGGUGUCUUGCUCGCCGCCUCUAUGGGCAUCGGGCUGUACCACGCUCUCUCAGGUGGGCGUCAGCGCACCACUCAGGAGUUCUUGAUGGCCGACAGGAGCAUGAGCUGUCUUCCUGUCUCGCUGUCGCUCAUCGCCUCAUUCCAGUCCGCCGUGGCGAUUAUUGGCGUACCGGCAGAAAUCUACACUCACGGCACUCAAUACUGGUUCAUCGGCUGCGCCUACAUCCUGGGCCUCCUCAUUCCUGCUCAUGUUUUCAUUCCUGUGUUGUACAGACUGCGGCUCUCCAGCGCUUAUCAGUAUCUUGAACUGCGCUUCAGCAAAGCAGUGCGUAUCUGUGGAACUUUGACCUUCAUCUUUCAGACAGUUAUUUAUAUGGGAGUUUGUGUGUAUACUCCUGCCUUUGCACUAAAUGCAGUUACUGGAUUUGAAUUAUGGGGAGCAGUGCUGGCAACAGGACUAGUGUGCACUUUGUACACAACAAUAGGUGGUUUGAAGGCUGUCAUCUGGACAGACGUCUUUCAGACUCUUGUGAUGUUCGCAGGGCAGCUGGCUGUCAUCGUGGUGGGGGUGCUGCAGACUGGAGGACUGUCUGAAGUCUGGAGGAAAGUCCAUGAGGGAAACCGCAUCUCUGGCCUCGACCUGAACCCAGAUCCUACAGAGAGACACACCUUCUGGACUCUGGGGGUUGGCGGGGUUUUUCUCAUGCUGGCCCUGUACGGAGUGAACCAGGCUCAGGUCCAGAGAUAUCUCAGCGCACGGACAGAGAAAGAAGCCGUCAGGUCUUGUUACAUGGUGUUUCCCUCCCUGCAGCUGGCUCUGGCUCUGAGCUGUGUGAUGGGACUGGUCAUGUUUGCACGUUACUGUGGAGAGGAUCACUCUGACAAGCUGGGCACCUCUUCAAGAGAUGCAAUGGUGAUAUACUUCGUGAUGGACAUGCUGCAGGGUCUGCCUGGACUACCUGGACUCUUUGUGGCGUGUUUAUUCAGCGCAGCUCUCAGCACCAUCUCUUCUGCUUUUAACUCUUUGGCCACUGUGACAAUGGAAGACCUCGUCAAACCACAUUUCCCCGCUAUGUCAGAGGCAAAAGCAACCCUGCUGUCCAAAGCUUUAGCUAUGUCCUAUGGGCUGUUGUGUCUGGCCAUGGCUUAUCUCACUCACCUCAUGGGUGAUUCAGUUCUUCAGGUGGCUUUGAAAAUCUUCGGGAUGGUUGGUGGUCCCAUUCUGGGUCUGUUUUGUCUCGGGAUGUUCUUCCCAUGGGCAAACUCCACUGGAGCGUUGACAGGUCUGGGAGCCGGUCUCGCUACGGCUUUCUGGGUCGGCAUCGGGAGCAUCGUCACUCGUAGCUCUGGCGCGAGACCGCUGCCGCCCCACUGCAGAGCCGUCCUGCUGUCAGACAACACGACUAUUGCCAUUCACACUGCACUCAGCAACAUCACUCUGAGCCGACCCUCUGGACUGAGGAGAUUUUAUUCACUGUCCUACAUGUGGUACAGUGCAUUCAACUGCUUCACAGUCAUUCUCAUAGGCCUGAUUGUGAGCUUCCUCACAGGUCCUAUGAAAGAAGAUGAUGUGACACCAGGAACAAUCUAUCCCUUGUUAGGGAAACUGCUUUGUUUUCUACCUGAACACAUGAAGAAGAAGCUCUGCUGUGUGACUCCUCUGGGACACACGCUCUCAGCACAGCAAAGGCCUCCACAACACAAAGAAAGCAACGGACUGACCCACUCACAAGACGACAGAACAUCACAUGAAGAGACGGACAGAUUUCUUCCUGAGGCUCACGCAUUUCUUGUGGAGCAUGAAACAACUGUGUGAUAUCACAGUUUCACAUCGGGCUGAAAACGGUUAAAAAGUCUUUAAACAAAGCCCUCGGACAAAAAAAAAAUACUUGUAGGCUGGUUUUGUUAUUGUUAUUUCUUAUUUUGUUGCCUUUGCUACAUGAUGGAAGUAAUGUGAAUUUGUACAGUCGAUUGCUGCAACGAGGUCAACACUAAGCAAUGUUCAGUCGACAUGAGGUUUGUUUUUAAUUCUCCAGAAUAGACUUUAGAGCAGCUGAGCUUGUUUUGAUUUUACAGAUACACAAGUUUGAUUUACAUGCAGUAUUUAUCAGCUUCAGGUAUGAUCAUUGACUCACAUUCAGUCGGUCCCUUGAUUGUGUAAAAAAACAACGCACUGUACGGUUUAAUGAGAAUUAUUUGAGUCUGUUAUUCCCAACUGGUCCAGCCAUGGGGUCCAGAUUUCACCUUAGUCAUUAGUUCAAGGUCCAUACAGUUUAAUUUAUUCAGUCAUAUUUGCGUUUGACCACGUCGUCGAGCUAGUUCGUCAUCUCUGUUCAGCAGCUGUCUGUUAGUCACUCACUCUACAUCAGGAAACAGCACUUAAAAUUAAAAGCUCUGUGCCAGGAAUUCACGGUACUUUAAAAUAAAGUGGGGUUUUUUUACAGACUACACAUUCUCAAGUUACUUCCAGUCCAUUCAGAAUGGACCCGUGACCCAUUUUUGGACCGUGACCCACCAGUUGGGGAACCACUGAUCUAAACUUUAGAACAACGAACAAUGUCUUAGUUCUUGACUUGACACAUUGUUUAGUAGUACUGCAGCUGUGUGAAUGAUAUGUCAAGCUCUGGUGAGAUGAUGGUGCCUCACUUUUUAAGAAUGUAUGAGUGACAGCUGUCUGUAUUUGCAGCUGAAACACUGAAACCCCCUUUUUCUAAAAAUGAUUAAAGAUUUUGUAUUUA